CCGCAGAGUUCAGACAGGGAAGGGGUAGUCGUAACUCUUCAACAGUCCAGACACCAAGAAAAGGCUGGUGCCAGGUGAAAGGGACAUUUAACACUCUCGAGCAUGCGCUCUCCCCUCUGGCUUUAGCCAACUACAACUCCCGCGUCGCUCUGCGGCGCCGCGGGGACCCCUUGGCAACUAGAACUUGCGCGUGGUUUCCUCUGGGAGUUGUAGUCUCGGGGGCUGCCUCUGACCUCUGUUCUGGAAGCGGUCGGGCCAGCUAGAGCUGGGGAAAGGAGGGGAAGCCGAUGCAGGGAAGACUAACUGGCCAUGGCCUCGGAUAGCGGCGGCGGCGGGGCGGCCGCUGCGGAGCAGGAGCGCCCUCACCAGCGACCCUUCCUGAUCGGGGUGAGCGGUGGCACGGCCAGCGGAAAGUCCACAGUGUGCGAGAAGAUCAUGGAACUGCUGGGCCAGCAUGAAGUAGACCACCGACAGCGCAAGCUGGUCAUCCUAAGCCAGGACAGGUUCUAUAAAGUCCUGACCGCCGAGCAGAAGGCCAAGGCACUGAAGGGCCAGUACAACUUUGACCACCCAGAUGCUUUUGAUAAUGAUUUGAUGCGCAUGACCCUGAAACACAUUGUGGAGGGCAAAACCGUUGAGGUCCCGAUCUAUGAUUUUGUGACCCAUUCAAGGUUACUGGAGACAACUGUGGUUUACCCUGCGGAUGUGGUUCUGUUUGAGGGCAUUUUGGUAUUCUAUAGUCAAGAGAUCCGGGACAUGUUUCAUCUUCGACUCUUUGUUGACACCGACUCAGAUGUGAGGCUGUCUCGUAGAGUUCUCCGAGAUAUGAACCGUGGGAGAGAUUUGGAGCAGAUCCUAACACAGUACACCACCUUUGUCAAACCAGCCUUUGAGGAAUUCUGCCUACCGACUAAGAAGUAUGCUGAUGUGAUCAUCCCUCGAGGGGUUGACAACAUGGUUGCUAUCAACCUCAUUGUACAACAUAUUCAAGACAUUUUGAAUGGUGACAUCUGCAAAUGGCAGCGGGGAGUUCCAAAUGGGAGGAGCUACAAGAGGACAUUUUCUGAGCCUGGAGACCCUACUGUUGUGCUGACAUCUGGUAAACGAUCCCACCUGGAAUCUAGAAGCAGACCCCACUGAGGAGCUGGAGGCUGUUACUUAGCUUCUAGGGCAGAUCUUCCUUGAUGACAUCUGUAUAAUGAAUGGGUCUGGAGUUACCUUUUUCCUUUUAUUUUUUUAAAACAAAAAUUCCAUGCCCCAAGCCUUUAAAAAUUAAUCUUUUAGCAUUUGUUACAAAAUAAUUCUACGAUAAAAUUAUUUAACAAUUUAGGAAUAUAAAAAAUGUUAAUCUUAUUCAAUCUUAAAUGUGGGAAAUACUGAAAGGACCUUCUUGAUUGUUUUUAUCUUCCACGUAUUCAGGAGGCUUCUGAAAUCCUUUUGGGCCAUCUGAAAAAUGCCCAACACCUGCAUGAGUGAACCUACUAUACUUGCUCCCAGAAAUAAUUCUAGCAACACAUUUGAAUAAUAAAUUGGGGGUCUGGGUCCUUGCUCUGUGGCUACUACGACCUUAAUAGGAACUGUGUAGAAAUAUCUUCUAUCCUCUUGGGUUAUAUAUAGGGCAACAAGCAGAGUUGGGAAUGCUGAUAAGCACUUUAAAAAGGAAAAAUAUAAAAAACUACUAUUAGACCUAAAGGAGUCUCCUGUUUUGGAUGUAUAUACAAAUGACCUAAAAGGUUCACAUAUACCUGACAGAAUCAAGAUUUGCCACAAUAGAAGUCAAUCAAAUGGUUCUGAUGUUUGUGUGGUUCUGACUUGAAUACAGUUAUACAAUACCCAAACAAACAGCUCCACUUGAGGCUGUUGACUCUGUUCUUCUAUACCUAGAAAUUGCCAAGUCAAGGCUUACCUGUCCUGGGAUCUAGGACACAUGCUGCCUACCGCCAAACAGUUCACGUUAUUACUCAUUGCCAUGUCCAAUGCAUGCUUUCCUUAGAGCUAAGUUACAUGGUAGAUUCUAGGGGUUCAAAAUUAAUGUUAUUGCACAAAUCAACCCUCCAAGUUGCUGUACCACUUAUCAUAUAUGGCCUAGCACUGAAUUACGUAUGAGAAUGUUUUGGUCUAUAUGGUUCUAUUUAACCUUUCCUCCUAACUAGUGUUCCGUACCCUCUAUAUAACAUAUAUAUGUACAUUUUAUAUAUAUAUAUAAAAGAUAUAUAUAGAGCUGUUUAUAAUCAAUCUCCUUAUGUAUAGCCACUUAUGAUUCUCUUCUAUCUGGCAUAAGUCAUUAUAGUUAUUAUGAGAUACAGAAGGCAAGGAACUUUGUUCAGGUCCUUUGGUUUUCUAAACUGUAAUUACCUAAAAUCUUUGUUAUGCUAAAUGUACUGUUUCGGGACUAAUAAACAAAUUCCAAAUAUUA